AUGGAGAAAAUCUGGGUCUCUCCAGCAGUGCUCACUCACACUUGCAGUUCCUUUCUCCUACGAACAUUCAGCACCAAGAGCAUUCAGCAGGAACACGUUUCAGUAACUGCCCUGGUUUUCCCCUCAGGUUUCUUGUGGGGUGUGGGAAGUUCUGCCUACCAGACCGAAGGGGCGUGGGACAAGGAUGGCAAAGGGCCGAGCAUCUGGGACGCCUUCACUCACGGCAAAGGGAAGGUGCUGGGGAACGAGACGGGAGAUUCUGCCUGUGAUGGCUACUACAGAGUCAAGGAUGACAUUCAGUUACUGAAGGAGCUGAAGGUCAAUCACUACCUCUUGUCUAUCUCAUGGCCAAGGAUUAUGCCCACAGGCAUCAAAGCUGAGCAACUGAAUGAGAAGGGAAUACAAUUCUACAAUGACACAAUUAACAGUCUUCUGGAAAACAACAUCACCCCUAUUGUGAGCCUCUACCACUGGGAUCUGCCACAGGUUCUCCAAGAAAAGUAUGGUGGCUGGCAGAAUAUAAGCAUGAUUAAUUAUUUUAAUGAUUAUGCAAAUCUGUGUUUUGAGAAGUUUGGUGACCGUGUGAAACACUGGAUUACAUUCAGCAAUCCUUGGGCAGUAGCUGAAAAGGGCUAUGAAACAGGAGAACACGCGCCAGGACUGAAGCUCGGCGGCUGCGGCGCCUACAAGGCUGCUCAUCACAUCAUUAAAACUCAUGCCAAGGUUUGGCACUCCUACAACAGCACCUGGCGAAGGGAGCAGAGAGGGAUGGUUGGAAUUUCCCUAACGAGUGGCUGGGGGGAGCCUGUCGAUCCACACAGCCAAACAGACAGAGAUGCUGCUGAGAGGUACAUCCAGUUCCACCUGGGAUGGUUUGCAAACCCCAUUUACAGAGGGGACUACCCAGAAGUUAUGAAGAAUUAUGUAGGCAGGAAGAGUGCCCAGCAGGGCCUGGGGACAUCAAGAUUACCAACUUUUUCAGUUCAAGAGAAAACCUAUAUUAAAGGCACCUCGGAUUUCCUGGGAAUUGGUCAUUUUACCACUCGUUAUGUUCUGCAGAAGAACUUUCCCUUCCUCCAAGUGUCCAGUUACCACACUGACCAUGACCUGGCUGAACUGGUGGACCCCAACUGGCCAGCUCCAGGCCCUAAGUGGCUCUACUCUGUGCCCUGGGGGUUCAGAAGGUUGCUCAACUUCAUUAAGACCCAGUAUGGGAACCCCCUGAUUUAUGUGACAGAGAAUGGAAUGUCUGAAACUGUGCAGUGCCCUCAGCUGUGUGACGAGUGGAGGAUCCAGUACCUGAAGGGAUACAUCAACGAGAUACUCAAAGCUCUAAAUGAUGGUGUAAAUGUCAAAGGUUACACUGCCUGGUCUCUGCUGGAUAAAUUUGAAUGGAACAAAGGCUUCUCUGAAAGAUUUGGGCUUUACCACAUUGACUUCAAGAACAAGAACAAACCACGGUACCCAAAGGCAUCUGUUGACUACUAUAAAAAGAUUAUCAGUGCAAAUGGAUUCCCAAACCCAAGAGAGGUGGAAAACUGGCAUCAGAAGGCCAUGGACACCUGCUCUGCCACACAACAACACCUUGCUGCAGAUUCCCUGAUUACUCACAUGGAAAUGGUGACAGAGAUUGUUCUUCCUACAGUUUUCACACUCUGCAUUCUCAUCAGUAUUGUCCUCCUCAUAUUCUACCUUCGAAACCACAGCUAA